UUUUAAUAAAGAAAACAAAAUCGUAAAAGGUGGUUGUUAAAAUAAUAGUUUAACAUAAUUUUUAAAUAAAUGCAUAAAUGGACAAAAUCAAAUAAACAACAAACACACACACAACAUUUACUGCGUACCGGGAACAUGUCAGCGUCCAUAGCUUUGACAAUCUUGAGAUUAAAAAACUUUCAAGUUAUCUUACACCGAUCAUACAGUGUAAGACGAACAGUUAAAGAGAUACUGAAUGUAAGCCUACAUGCUGAAAAGAAGCCAGUUACUUCAGCAGGCUGGCUGCGGCAUGUAAGGAAACAGAAGAAUGUUGUGUUUUGCAGUCUCUAUGAUGGAAGCACUGACAAACACUUGCAAGUUGUUGCUGACCCACAGAUUUGCCAUGAAGAGCUGUGCACUGGCUGCAGUGUUGAGGUGGGCGGGUCCCUGGUGCCAAGUCAGGGGCGGGGACAGGCAGUAGAGCUCCAGGCUGACCAUCUCAGCAUUGUUGGUCCCUGUGAUAAUGAGGUGUACCCGAUAAAGCCAAAAACUGAGUACACAGCAGACCAGUUGCGAGCCUUUCCCCAUCUGCGGGCUCGUACAAUCUUGCACCAGAAACUUCUCAGGAUCAGAAGUACGGCCUCUAUGGCUGUACAUAAAUACUUUCUGGACAAUCAUUUCUUGUUUGUACACACGCCAAUAACCACGUCUGUAGAUUGUGAAGGUGCCGGGGAAACGUUUUCCAUCAAGACAGGUGAGGAGCUCAAACCUGGUGCUGGAGGCAGAGAUGGUCCAGGUCAUUUCUUCAACAGCCCCACCUACCUGACCGUGUCUGGACAGCUCCACCUGGAGGUCAUCACAGGUUCAUUUUUGAAGGCAUACAGUUUUGGGCCAACAUUUAGGGCGGAGAAGUCUUUGGGUCGCCAUCAUCUGGCAGAGUUCUACAUGAUAGAGGCAGAAGUAGCAUUUACACAGUCAAUGGAGUGUAUACUGCAGGUGAUGGAGGGUUUGGUGAAGUCCAUGACCCAGUCAGUACUGGACAGCCAUGAGGGAGAGGUUGAGGACCUGUGGAAACACAGCCAAGUCAGCGACCAGUCCGACAUUGUCAACAGACUGCUUAAUAAGACCUAUAUCAGAAUGUCAUAUUCAGAUGCAAUCAAAAUUUUAGAAAAUAAAAAGGACAACUUUAAAGAAUCUCCAAAGUGGGGCUGCGACUUGUCGAAGGAACAUGAGAAGUUUUUGGUGAAGCAUUGUGGAAAUGUUCCAGUAUUUGUGACUGAUUUUCCCACAGAAAUAAAGCCUUUCUACUGUAGGCAAAAUGAGGACCAUGCUACAGUUGGAGCAGUAGACUUGUUGGUUCCUGGGGUGGGUGAGCUUUGUGGGGGGAGCCUGAGAGAGGAGAGGCAUGACAUCCUCCGGCCACGUCUGGACAACCUGGGCCUGACACAACCAUAUCACUGGUACCUUGAGCUUCGCCAGUUUGGUUCAGUGCCACAUGGAGGCUUUGGGCUCGGGUUUGAGCGUUACCUACAGUGUCUUCUUGGUAUCCACAACAUCAAGGACACUAUUCCCUUUCCCAGAUGGGUUCAACACUGCCCGCUGUAGUAAUGCAUGUCAACUGGGAUGCCUAUUGGAAUGAUAAAAGUACUGUGUUAUGUAUGACAUGUGGUAUUUUAAACCCAUGAACAAACUUUAGGAGGGGUUGCCUGUGUAUAAAGGGCUUUCUUCUUUUGUUUUUCAUUAAAAUGACUGAAUAUUGGGCAUAUCUCUGUAACCCAAUGGAGCCAUGUUUUGAUGUUAAGAAAUUGCAUAAUAACUUAAACUUUCCUUUCUGCAAAAAAAACAUGUCUAUUGAUUGUUAACGGCUGUUUAAUGUACAUCUUAGUGACUUGGGUAUGAACGCAAUUGGGUUGGUCAAUGUGUGUGGAGUACGAAGGACUCCACGCGUACUUUGACCAACCCAAUUGCGUUCAUAUCCCCAAUAAUGACAUCAACCCCGCAAUUCAUUCCUUAUAUUUACACCAAUAGUUCAUUAUUUCAUCCAAGAAUUGUUAAAAAAAUACUUCAUUUCAUUUAAGAAAACCUUUCAGUAAUCCGUGAUUACCCAUUCUGUAAAUAGAACGACCCGACUAUAACCUGAAACAUUUUUUUCAAAUGAUGUCACAUUAACGCGGGAAAAGAUCAACCACUUGAAAUCACUUUAAAACGUAAAAUUGAAACACUUCUGGUACCAAUAUAUUUAAAAUAUAAUAAACUAUCACUUUUAAAAAUGUUGAUCUAUAUUUUACGGGACCUGUAGACACAAUACAACCAAUAACAUGAUCAAUAGCUUUCAGGUAUAUUGUUAUGCAAUGAAUUACGAUCCGAACAUAUCCGAAGAUGUUGCGUUCAUCGAUUGAUGAACGCAGUUGCCGAAAUGACGUUCAUUUAAGGAAGGAAGUUGAGGUGUAAAUAUUAGUUAACAACAGUGUAUUCUUACGGAUAUUUGCCAUGACAAAAUAAUAAAAAAAACAUAACAAAAUAAAACUUUUGCAAUAUUUGUGUACACAAUGAAACUAAAAAUAUUGGUGAAAUAAAAUCACAAUGAUCAUUCACUACUACUUUACAAAUGAUCUGCUAACUGAUUAUGUAUGAAAUCAACACAUUUUUCAAUGUGAAUCAUUGAAAGAAAUAUUUUGUAUAUUAACACAAACUCUGUGUGUGCGUGUGUGUGCGUGUGUGUGUAUGUGUGUUCUUGACAUAUUAUGUAAAUAUGAUCUAUGUUGAAAAUAAAUGGGAAA